UGAGAGCCAAAUGGAGGAAGAAGCGCGUGCGCCGUCUCAAGCGAAAGAGAAGAAAGACGAGGGCUCGCUCCAAGUAAACUACUCGCCCCUCAAUCUCAGCACCCACCAUCUCAAUUCUGAACGACAACGAUUCACAAACGACACGUUUUCUACGCACAGCCUUCGGGCCGGCUCGUAACUCCUGUUCACCGCUUCACGGCCUACGACCUUUGGGCUACGUCAUUCGGCGGACACGCGACGAACGAACUUCAAUAUACACGACGGGGGUAUCGAAUGUGCUGGAUUGAGGAAUGCUGUGGGGUGCUGGUCAAUGGCUCUAAAGCCCAUAUUGAGAUGUUUGAGAGUCACUUGAAAGCACUACGAUUGUCACUCUAACACCGGCUAGCUUCCUCUUCUGGGGGUCUGCCUUUGACUGACACAUUCGCACUGUGGACAUCACGAUAACGGAA